AUCAAAACAAUCUCUGAUUUCAUUACUUUUUUAUAGAUGGGUGCCGAGAUAUACGAUCCUCGAUUGUAUAUCCAUUAUGGCCCAAGGGAUGCGAGUCUCUUAACCGAUCAAGAAGCUCAUCGCUCUCGUGCUAUUUGGGAUAACUAUCCGGAAUCGCUUGUUCCCGUGGUUCAUAAAGGGACCAAUAACUUGCCCGCUUGGCAUCCAAGGUUGGAGCCCUACAUAGCGAGGACCGGUUUGGGAAUGUUGCGCCAUUUCUUGCGGAUCGAGAUCGACAACGAUCUGCUUACGGCAAUGGCGGAACGAUGGCGUCCCGAAACCCAUACAUUCCACCUUCCGGAGGGGGAAAUGACGAUCACCCUCAAAGACGUGGCGAUCCUCACCGGGCUUCCUAUUUCUGGAGAUGCAGUCAUUGGUUCCACGACCAAACCCGAAGGAGGUUGGGGGCCGCUCAUACGUGAUCGUUUGGGCUUCGACAUGCCGACCACCACACCAAUUCAAGGACGGGGGCAUCCACCGUUGAAUGCGGGGCAAGUGUCGGUCCCGUGGCUGGUAUCUCACAUCCAGCAAGAGGUGGAAAUCAAUGACGAGACACCGGAAGAACAAGUCGAGCGCUACGCCCGCAUCUACCUCAUCGGUUUGGUGGGUGGAUUUUUGUUCCCCGACAAGUCCAACCGGUGGAUUCAAGGCAUAUGGUUGCCAUUGCUCACUGGUGACUGGGAUGCAAUUGGAGAGAAGAGUUGGGGAUCGGCCGUGCUAGCGGGCGUAUACCGGGAGCUGUGUACUUGCUCGAAGGUUGGGGCAAAGCAAGCUGGUGCUGCGAUGUUCAUCCUGCAACUGUGGGUAUGGGAGCAUCUACCGAUGUUCGCACCUGCCGACCCACGUCCAUACCGGAGAAACGAUGAUGAACUCAACUUUCUGCAAAAUCUCCCCUACGGUGUCAAGUGGAUAGGAGCAAAUACGAAUGACCAUCAACCUGAGCAUUCGUUAUUGUUUUAUCGUUCUGAGUUAGAUAAACCAUGGUGGAAUCAGGUUAUAUGGGAUCCAUAUCCACGUGAAGUGGGUGAGCUGCAUCAUCUUAGGCACCCUCUGGAUCACGAGACGUGGUUGUGCAAAGUGCCAUUGAUCUGCUGGCACAUGGUGGAAUGGCACCUACCCGAUCGAUCUUUGAGGCAAUAUCGAAUGGAGCAACCCAUUCCACAAGACCCGCCAGCCGGUUUCAGGGAGCUACAUGCUAUUGACCUCCGACACACUGCAAAGAACUGGGUGCUAAAGCAUGGAUUCUACAUCAACAUCUGGGAGAAUCGGUCCCAAUGGGUGGUGCAAGGGAUGCCGGAGACGAGACCGAUGGGCUACCACGAUGGAUACAUGCAGUGGUAUCGGAAGUUCACCAUGAGAUGGGUGUCAAAGCAAGGUGCUGUGAUGGGGUCGUUGGUUGAUGGUUUGGAACAU